AUGCCGUCAGCUUCGAGAAACGCUAGGGUGAGGUCAAGAUCGUGUUCAACUAGCCGUACGGUCGGCUUCUGUGCGCGAUUGGAACCGACUACGGCGUUUACAUCUCCGAGUAUCAAAAUCCUCGGGGGCGGGGUCAGGGCGUUCAAGGGCAUGUUUUCCUUGAACCUGAGCACCAAGUCCUGUGGCUUCGGGUCUUCCAUGCCCGCGUUCACCAAGAAGGCCAGCAGUAUCGUCACGCAGCUCCUGACAAUCGAUUCCCUUUGCGCCCAAGGUGUCUGCCAUCUGACGCAUUGCUUCGAGAUGACAAGCUUCAUCAAUGUAUCCGAGACAAUCCUCGACAGGAGUGUCCUGGACACCGUGGAAGAUGGCGUCAAGAACGGGCUCUGUGUGGUGGCGUGCUUGGUCGGGAACAUCAUCGUCUCCACUCCCUGCGCUGUAUCUGGAUACCUGGGUAGCCAGCUUGGUACCAACUUUCCGGGCACGUUCAGAGCAUCGUUCGGCAUGUUGGGGGUGCCGUGCAUCAUUUACUACGGCAGCUAA